AUGGUUUUGUCGUACAACUAUGUAGUGUUCGCCAGUGCUCAACGUUUGGUGACAUUUGGUAACACAAGAAUUAAUCGACGACAGUUUGCGAUUCAUUCCAUAUCGUCUUUCGGUUCUUCUCUAGCCACAAUCGAUGUCGACGGUUCUUCAGGCCAACUUUGCCCACUAUUCGAUCCCGAUCUCAAUCUUCUUUAUGUUUCUGGCAAGGGUGAUUCGACGUUCCGCUUGUAUGAAUUUGUAAAUCGACCCCCUUAUGUGAUUUAUUUGACUGAAUGUCAACAACAGGCACCUCAUACUUGUAUAUGUACUAUAUCUAAAAGAGCUCUAAAUUUGACCGGUGCCGAAGUGAUGCGAGUGUACAGGUUGCACCCCCAGUCACUGCUUAUUCAACCACUUUCUUUUAUAGUUCCACGGCGGGUGAGUCACCACGGUUACCUUGCAUUGUUCCGAACGUCGUUUAUGAUUUAA